AUGCAACCAUACGCGGACUCUCGCAUGAACAAUGGAGAGCGCAAGCGGAAUCUUGAGGAAGUAUUGAAGCGGGCUGCGCUUUUCGCUUUCACGCUGUUUUCUCAGCCUAGCGCAUGGGAAUUCGAGUGGCAGGAGGAACAAGGUGUCACCUCAGGGGACUUGUGCAUUUUCCCCGCUCUUGUGCAAGUAGCGGACGAGGCUGGUAAUCCAGUCAGUCCGCCGCGGCCUUUCAGCGAGGCUGUGGUGAGACGGUUGGAUGCAUGA